AUGGAUCAAAAUUUCUUGUAUAUGUUUGAAUUUGUUAUUGAUGAUCUAUUAAUAACACAUCCAAAUGAAUGUGCACCAGAAGAAUAUCCAACAUGUGUUGAAUUAACAUUUCGUUCAAGCGUUUUUGUACAAAUAUGUGAUCGUGAUUUUGGUGGUUGUAUUACUACUGAUCCCGAACAUAAUUCAUCAAAAGGUGGUAAAUGUUGUUUAUUCGGUUUAGAUAGUCAAAUAAAUGAUAAUGAUAAGUUACAUAUUCAUGUUUAUAAGAAAAAAAUUGAAAAAUGUAAAUUUUUAUUGGGUAUAACAGAAAUUCCAUUAAAAAAUAUAUUUGAUCGUGUUACAAAUGAAUUUAUACAAAAUAAUCCAAUAUUAGAAAAGAAAUCAAUAAAUAAUGAAAUAAUAAAACAAGAAGAAUAUUGUCCAAGUUCAGAAAUUGAAAAAAAAUUAUUAUCAUUAUUUGAUUUACAAGGUAAACAAACUGGUAAUAUGGUUAUAAUAAUACGUUUAUCAUGUAUGGGUCCAACAAUAGUAUCACCAUUUCCAUUUAAAAAAGGAUGUGCAAUAACAUCAUUAAGUGAUGAUGAAACCAAUGUAUUAAAUCGUGUACGUGGUGGUGAAAAUAUUACUUCGAAUUUAAAUCAAACUAAAAUACCAUAUUUUUAUAAAAUGAAAUCACAUUGUAUUCCGAAAGAGGAAUACUUUCAAAAUAAAAUUGAGAAUAAUUGUGAUAAAGAUGAUAUUCCAACAAGAUUAAGUGCUGGAGCAGAUGAUACUGAUACUGAAUUCAGAGAUGAUAGUUCAGAAAAUGAAAUUAUUUUAAAUAAAGACAGGAAAUUCGCAGGAGGUGGUAAAUGUCUUAAAAAUAAGCCUUAUGGAUAUGAUGAAUUUGAAGCUGAUAUGAAUGGUAGCGGUUUAUCAAUACGUGUCUUAAAAAAUGCUUUUCAAGUUAAUGUUGAAGAUAGUGAUUAUGAAAGUGAAAAUAAUUGUAAAAGUCACCGACAUUUCAUCAAUGAUCCGGAAUUUCAACAAAGUCGAUUUCUAAAUAAUCAAAUACGUUCUCAAACUGGUGGAUCUUUUAUUAAUCGAAAAGGUUUACCUAAAAUACGUGGAAAUUUAAAAUAUGCUGCUAAUGAUUUAUAUCAAGAAAAUACUAAUUUCGAGCUAUCAAUGACUUCAACAAAUGGAUAUUGCAAUUCAAAUAAAAUAGAUAAAUAUCGUAAACGUUGUCCUAAAAAUACUUGCCGUUGCAUACAAGUUCAACCAGAUGAAAUUGAUGAUAAUUAUUUAACGAAUAUUAAUAGGAAAACAAGAAAAGAUGGAAUUGAAAUAUGUCGUAAGAAAUGUAUUGAUGAAGAUGGUGAUGUAUUUUUAUUUAAAUUGGGAAAAAAGAAUAAAUGUAAAGAUAAACAACAUUUAAUUGAAAUUGAAUUAAGAACACCAAAAGUUCCAAUUGUAUUACAAAAACAAUUAGUAUCACAACAUACACAAAUUGAUGAAUUUGAACUUGAUUCUGAAUUACGAAAUAUUUGCCUUAAAAAGAGAUUCAAGAAACAAUCAAAAUCUAAAUAA